CUCCCACCGCGCUGAGCUGAAUGGACUAUGAACAUGGGAAGAUUGAUGGCUUGCGUUUUAAAUCUUGCGAUCAAGUGAGAUUGACAGAAACAGAUGGAACUUACUUGUGGCAACCUGGCGCUUUGCAAAAGCUGACGCCAUCGUCAGACAGAAGGAAACAGUUUGUGUGGGUUUGCGUGCAGGUAGGAGAGGCGGCCCAAGCUUGAGUGCCUCAAAGGGGAGAAAAUGGCAGCCUUUGAGGAGUUCCCCGACACCGAUGUCAUUCAGCCACGCAAGAGGCGAAGCAUAUGCAUCAACCGCCCUGCCUUCACCGAGUUGGACUUCCAGGAGAUUCACAAGGAGAGUGUCAAGGAGAAGAAAUCAGUCAGGACACGGUUGACUAAGUUUCUGGGACGGCACCGAUGCUCAGCCAAGACUGCUAAGGCUUGCUUUUUCAAGCUCUUCCCGAUUUUUGUCUGGCUACCAGCGUAUGAUGUGAAGCAUGACCUAUUGGGGGACUUUGCCGCCGGUCUGACGGUGGGGAUUAUGAGGCUACCUCAGGGUAUGGCUUACGGUCUCUUGGCCACCCUGGCACCAGUCUAUGGCCUGUACACAGUUUUCUUCCCAGCUGUUCUCUAUGCAAUGAUGGGCACAUCGAGACAUCUUUCAGUUGGCAGCUUUGCUGUGGUGAGCAUCAUGACAGCAGCUGCGGUGGAUACAGUAGUGGAGGAUACUAGGCCUACAGAUGGCCCGUAUGAUGAGGGUCUGGAGAGGGCGAGGAUUGCAUCUUCUCUGGCAUUCCUAGUCGGUAUAUUACAGCUUGGCCUUGGAGUUCUCAGGUUAGGUUUUGUCAGUACCUACUUGGCAGAGCCUUUGGUCCGUGGCUUCACAACUGGUGCUGCCUUCCAUGUCUUCAACAGCCAGUUCAAGUAUUUAUUUGGUAUAGAAGUCAGGAGAUUCAAUGGACCUUUUUCAAUUUACAAGACUUUCUAUCACUUGUUUGUUAAUCUGGCAUCAACCAAUGUAGCUGAGCUCAUUAUAUCUCUCAUCAAUCUGAUUGCCCUGGUGACGGUUAAGGAACUUCAAGAUAAAUACAAAGACAAGAUCAAGUACCCUAUUCCACUGGAACUAUUAGCGAUCAUUCUGACUACCAUGGUUUCUCAUUUUACAUCACUGAAGAUGAAAUAUGGUGUUAAUGUCGUUGGAGAUAUUCCUACUGGAUUGCCAGUGCCGGAACUGCCAACGUUUUCCUACAUGAAUUCCAUGAUCACAGACGCUAUCAUCAUAGCCAUUGUUACAUUUUCCGUAUCCGUAUCGAUGGGCUACAUCUUUGCAAAGAGGAACAACUAUGAAAUUGAUGCAAAUCAGGAGCUGAUCGCCUUGGGGUCCAUGAGUGUCUUUGGCUGCGUCUUCGCGUGCUACCCUGCUGCCUCCUCCCUCUCCCGUUCCCUACUCCAAGAAAUCUCGGGCGGGAAGACCCAACUGGCAAGCUUGUUCUCCUGCCUAUUCAUUCUUUUUGUUCUGCUAUUUAUGGGACCUCUAUUUUACUCAUUGCCAAAGAGCUGCUUAGCGGCGAUUGUCGUGGUUGCCUUGCGGGGCAUGUUUCGUCAGUUUAGAGAUAUCAAAGUGCUUUGGAAGUACUCAAAAAUAGACUGCAUGAUAUGGGUAGUGACAUGGUUUUCUACCAUGUCACUAGGUGUGGACUAUGGUCUUGGGGUGGGUGUUGUCUUUGCCAUCAUGACAGUCAUCAUCAGGACACAGAAGCCGUACUGCUGCCUGAUGGGAAGGAUUCCAGGCACAGAUAUAUACCGAGACUUGUCAUACUACCAGAGUGCCAAACAGAUACCAGGGGUGAAAAUCUUCCGCAUGCACAGCCCCCUGUACUACGCUAAUGCUGACUAUGUCAAGGCCUGCUUGUACAACAAGUCGGAGCUGAAUCCUGUCAAGAUACUCAUGGAGCGGGCCAAGGCUGAGGCCAAGAAGAAGAAGGCUGAAGCACGGUCAGAGAAGGCAGAGGUCAGACGGAGGAAGAAGGCAGCCAAGAAACACACCAGACUUGAUGAAGAAGAGAUGUCUGCAAUGAACAUGAACGACACUACAAACCACCGCAGAGAGGAAAGCAGAAUAGAAAUCCACAAUGACCAAAAUCCCAGCCGUCAUCUCGGCAAUGGGGAACACUCCAGCUCAGAGAUGGCUUCAGAGAACCUGACACACUCCCUAGUGCUGGACCUGGGUUCUGUCAGCUUCCUAGACACAGUGGGCAUUGGUGCUCUAAAGAGUAUCAUUGCCGACUAUGAGAAGAUUAACAUCACUGUUGUCAUGGCCCACUGCAAAGAGAAUGUGCGGGAGAUGCUCCUGAAGAGUGGUUUUAUGGAACAGGUGGGACUGGACAGGAUGUUUGUGACAUUACAUGAUGCCAUUCUCCACACAGCCAAUGAUCAGGCAGUUGCAGCAAUGAGUGAACAGAAUGCUUGGGAGCAUGUGCCCGGUGGAGGUGGAGGAGAUGCCUCCUGUGAGAUCAUGGAGGUGUAACCAAGGAAACCGUUGCCAAGGUCGCAUUGCUGAAGAUUCAACUCCAAAUCAACAAAUCAGUCAUCAGUCGCCAUUCUGCCUGUGCCAGUCAAAGUCCCAACUUUUAAUUUCCUUCAAUCUCUCAGCAACUUUUAUCAAAGCAUUUAUCUUGAGCAAUAAUUUUUAAUUAUAUAUAUUUAUCUAAUUAGUUUAUGAUUUUUGUCAAAUUUUUAUGGAUGUGGUUUAUGUUGACUCAACUCAUUUUGAUACUGUUUCAGAGUGACUGAUUUCGUAGCUUGGGCGUAAUUUUGUCAUUAAUAUACAACAUACAUAUUUAGCUGACUGCAAAAAAGUCAGCUUUAGAAAAGCGUUGAUUUAAGAAACGAAAUUACAAAAACACAGAAGUCAAGUAUAAAAAUUACAACAAAAACUCCACAGUGUUGGGAGUUAACAUGUGCCAUAAAGGUGUGAAGUUUUUCAGAUCCAUUUGAUACAUUUUUCUCAUAGUCAUUUUUGUGCUUCUUUAUACUAUUUUUCAGUGUAUGAAACAUAUUUGAUACAUUCAUUUUGGAUUAAAAAAUGUGUAUCAAAACUGCACUUUUUUAAGCAUUUGAAAUCGUCUGAGCUUUUCCGGACAGCAAGGGUGCCAUUGCCUAGAUGUUACUGAGGGAAGACACUGUCCAGUUUCAUGUUUUUGUGUUCACAUUGCAAACCCCAAACUUGCUCCUUGACAACGUCUGAGAAAUAAAGUGUAGUUGCUCAUGGGCUUAUUGCCGUGUACAUGUACUUGCACUACAAUAAAUCACCAAAAAAAGAGGCAAUUUAGUGCAGCAAAAUAUAAGAACAUUUCAGCAGUUUUGUGCACAAAUACAUGCAGAUACAAUGAAGUUUUCUCCAUGGUAUGACAUCACAGUUUUGCUCAUGUGUAUGGAAAUUUGCAUUAGCUUAAAAACCAAAAGGGCAUCUCAAUGCUUUGAAAUAGCCCCCCCCCAAAAAAAAAAAUUGAAAAUGAGGUUAAUUGAAACCUGGAGGUGCAUUUUCAAGAGUUGUAGUCUUAAAAUAAUUGCAUUUCAUGGACCCGGUAAGUAUGCACACAUAAAAAUGCACUGAAAUGAAUACAUGUAGAUGUGUUUUGUUUUGAUGUGUGGUACAUGUACAAAGAAAUUACAUGUUCGUCUGUCCACAAAGAUCCUUUUGAUGUGCUAUCAUGCAAUAUAAAGGCUUCAGCCAAGAAAAUAAACUUCAGUUAUUGACAUCAGUCAAUGUUUCACUGCCGUUGUGUUAAGGAAAUAUGCAAGAUAUGUGAACUUCCGGACUCUUCUUUCCUAUUACCUUUGAAAGUUUGUAUUUUCUUCUUUUCAGGCCGUAUCCAAAUCUGACUUUUAUGGUCACUGAUCCAGAUAAGGCCUUUUUAUCAGCUUUAUUUACUUUUCAAAAUGUUAUGGCGUGUUGUACAAUAGUUUCAAGUUCUUUUGCUUUUAUUUAACAUUUGUUAGGUUUGUAUUUUAUGCAGAAUCACCAUGAGCAGAUAGCAUUUAGCCUAUGGUCAGUGACAUAAAAAGUUGUGCUUUUACAUCUCAAGAAAUGUAUUUUCCAUUAUGACUAUGCUCUAUUAUAUUAUUGUGCAUCUCAUAAAUUUUCAAUUACUUUCUUACUGAAUUAUUAAAUUUCUUUUAAAUUGGCAGUACGAAAAACUUUGA